UAUUUAUCAUGCGUUUUACUCAGUUUUUUUGGCGGGUCUUUGGCGCAUAUGCGUUGCGUCUUUUUGUUUUUGCGACUGUGCUUGCGACAAUCGGGGGCCGUCAUAAUUCAUGUUGAACCGAAAUGUAGGGCGGCAUAGCUACUUUUGCUGCAGUAGACGCAAAUUUAUUAUCUGCGACAUUCCUGGUUUGGCGCAAUUCGCCUCACUUUUCCCGCAACUCUGUCGCAUCUCGCCGCCAUGAAAUUACAUGUCCAGGAAAUUGGCUAAAGCGGCCCUGGCAUCUUAACCCUUCUUUGUGUUAAAAUGGCUAACCAUAAUGUGCUCCAGGUACCCCAUUAAUCAAGAUGCUAUGUUAGAGGUUGAAUACUACCUCAAAAAUUAAAAAGACUAACAACUAAUUGCAUCCCACACAUAAGUGAACUUAAUGUAUUUUAGGGCAAAAACAAGUCAAUGGUAAAAAACAUUGAAAAAUACCUCUGAGACUAAAUCUUCAAUCUCCUGUUCUGAGAAUUAUUUUUUUUUGUGAAACCUUCCGCUUGCGAGUGGGUAGAUUACUCUCCUUAGAGUUAUUCUGUUGAGAAGGUCCCUCUCCAUCAGAGGAAAUGUCACCAGACAUGGCUGAUUGCCUUUGAAGAGCAAAGAAGGUCGUUAGGGAAGAACAGCUAGAAGGCAAAGUAGCGAGUGACAGGCUUAACAUAACAAACUUUACAUGUUGCAAACCAUCAAACUUCAUUAACAAAGUAAUCCCUACCGAAACACACGAAAGAAAAAAAAACAGCAGAGAAAGUAUUUUUGAAGCGCGGGAGUUCUGGCGGCCGUUCCUGACUGGAAAACGGUCUAAUGUGCUUUUCAGGACUUGCGCCAAAGUUAUUAACGGACGUGCGACAAAUGAUAAAUUUGGCGCACAUCCGUGAAAAACAACGCAAGAAAAAGAUGGGUAAAAUGUGACAAGGCACAGCAACUAUUGAUAAAUACCCCCCCAUGGUUUUUAUAUAACACUGUGCAAAUAUUUUUGCUAAUCUAGUACAAUGUUUGAAGUCUGAUCAAAGUCUGAGGACACUACUGUUAAAUAUUGAUAGGAAGUACUUAAACUUCACAAUCUCAUUCUUCAGACUGCUGAAAUAACACUACAGGUGUUUCCUCAGGAAAGUGAAAACACUCCUGAUCUAAAUUAAAAAAAGCGCAAAAGGACUCUUCUCACACUUGGAGUUUUUCUUGCAUUCGUAGAGGGCUUGUGUUAGUUUAGGAGCCUUGAUAAAUGAACAGCUCCAAAUUCCACACACACUUAAUAUGGUCCUGGGCAGCUGCAGCAGCAGUAUAGAUGGGAAGAGCAUACAACAAUUUUUUAGUCAUUUAGAAUCUCGCUGAUGUCCCAUCUAAUUGGUAAGUAAGUUUAUGUGCCAGAUCACAAUGAGAGCAUGGCCUGAUAUGUUACAUGGUGGUUUGGUUAGAAAAUAACUGCUGAGUCAUUAAUAUUAUGUAUUGUCAUGCAGAAAUAUGAAUAUGAGUCCUAAGUUUUAGGCUGUAAUCUUCUUAACAUGAUUCCUUUUCCACCUCUUUGACAUUAAAGGGGUUAUCCAGGAAUCGAAAAACUGAGCUUUUCUUCUUUCAAAAACAGCUCCCUGUCUGUCUACAGGUUGGGUGUGGUUCUGCAGCUCAGUUCCAUUGAAGUGAAUGGUGCCAAGUGAAUGGAGCCAAAUGGAGCCAAUACCACACCCAACCUGGUGUUUUUCGAUUCCUGGAUAACCCCUUUAAAAUUGGAAUUAAUCAAUGUCUAAAAUUGUUAACAGUGUUUUCUUUUCUAUUGUGUGUAACACUCACGUUUCAGAAGACAGGAACCCCGGUGGAUGUGGAUCCUCUAGACCUGUGUGGCAGAUGACUUGGACCGUACCAGGGAGAGGAGUCUAAGGUGCCGCUGGUUUUCACCAGCGCCCGCCGCAAAGCUGGAUGAACUUGCUGCCGCAGGUGGCACCCAGGAAAUGUAUAAUGUGGAACUAAGUGACGCUCCAUUUGGCCUGGAAGAAGAGUUCAAUGCACUUCUCACUCCUGAUGCCAUUCAUUUUCUAGCUCAGCUCACUUCUACAUUUAAUAAUAAAGUUGACAAGAUUUUGUGGAAUCGAGCUGCACGAAAAGUUGAGCUUGACUUAACUAAUAGUUAUCCUAAUUUUCCACUGGACACUGCACAUAUAAGAAAUGACACAAAGUGGAGAGUAGCAGCUGUUCCCCGCAGACUUCAGAACAGACAUGUGGAUAUAGGAGAUACAGCACCAUACCAAACGGAACGAUUCCAUAGAGCAUUAAUGUCCUCUGCUGAAGGAAUACAGGUGGAUUUUGAUGACGGUAACUGUCCAACAUUCUACAAUCAGAUCAAAGGGAUUUUUAAUGUCUGCCAAGUUGUUCAUAACAAGAUACCAGGUUUACCUCCAGUCUCUGAGGCUCCUGUGUUAAUGCUCAGACCAAGGGCUUGGAAUAUGGUAGAGCACAAUAUGUUGAUAAAUGGCAGAGAGCUACCAGGCCCCCUCUUUGACUUCGGUCUACUCAUGUACCACACUGGAAGAAGACUUCAUGAAAGUGAAUGUGGACCCUUUUUCUAUUUAUCAAAGGUAGAAAGCUUUCUAGAGGCCAGACUCUGGAAUCAGAUAUUUGUCUGGACAGAAGAAAAGCUAAGCCUACCACUUGGAAGUAUUAAAGCCACUGUGCUGAUUGAAAGUGUGCUGGCAUCAUUUGAGAUGGAAGAAAUCUUAUAUGAGCUGAAGGACCAUUCUGCUGGUUUGAACUGUGGCAUUUGGGAUUACUCUGCCUCCUUUGUCAGUAAAUUUGGCCAUCGGACAGACUUUUUGUUGCCAGAUCGCAGUAAGUAUGUGAAUAUGGAGAAACAUUUUCUUAAAAGUUACAUGGAUUUGUUGGUGAAAACAUGCCAUCGACGAGGAGCCUUAGCUACAGGCGGAAUGGCAGCCCUUCUUCUGCCAAAAGACAAAGACAGUGCAGAAUAUCAAAGUGUUACUGCAGCUGUUACACGGUUAAAAUUGUUUGAAAUAAAAGCUGGAGUGGAUGGGUUUAUGGUGUAUGACAUUGACUUAGUGGCACCAAUGCAAAAGCUUUUCCAGGAGCACACAAGUGGACCAAACCAGUUACAUGUCAUUCCAUCUGUGAACAUCACCCAGUCUGACCUACUUAUAAUGCCUGCUGGAGGUGUCACACUAUUUGGCCUGAAGUAUAAUAUUGCUGUUGGUAUACUUUUCAUUGAUGCUUGGCUUAAAGGAGAAGGACAUUUCUUUUAUUGUGGAAAAGUGGAAGACUCGGCAACGGCUGAAAUAUCUCGAUCUCAGGUCUGGCAGUGGAUAAGGCACCAGGUGAAAUUAGAAGAUGACAACAGAAUGGUCACAAGGGGUUUGGUGCGUGCCCUAUUACAGCAAGUGGUGUGCCAGCUGGUCCAUGAGUCACAGCUCUCUGAUCUGCAUGAAGAGAGACUACAGACUGCAGCUGAAUUAUUUAUAGAAAUUGUUCUAAAAAGAGAUUUCCCAGAAUUCAUCACUACCUACCUCAACCUAGAUCAUACAUUCCUCAGUAGCAAGUUCCAAGUGAGAUCAUAGUCUAAGGCUAUAGCUACAAGUCAACAUGUCAUUGCCUUUGAUUCAAGGUAAACGUUUGAUACAAAAUCUGUUUUCUGUUAAUAAGAAAAAAGUAACAAGAGACCUGUGGCCAUUGUAAAAGAAUAAAUAAAUAAAGGUGAACCACUACUGAUUUGUGCCCAUA